CACUACCUUUUUUUUUCAUUUAUUUUUUUCUUCAUCUCUUCCACCUCAUUUUCUUCUCCUUCUCCACAACCCUUUCAUCUUCUCUCAACGGCGUCGCUAGGGCAUGGCUCCUGCCAUUCCCCUCUCCCAGUAGAAACCCUAAUUGCUCUCUCACCUGCUGCAGGCGGAUCCUCUUAGGGGGAUAAAUUCAUCCGAAUUUCUCGAAAAGCGCUUCCUUUUGCCAUAAAGAUUAGGAUUUAUGUCCCAUAAUCAAUCAAGGGCGGAGAGGAGCGAGUCCACGCAGUACAGGAAAACCGGCCGAUCCGGUAGCUCCAAUCAGCAGCGUCAGUUCCAAGGCAGCGCCUCCAGUAAGGGCGGUGGCGGCGCCCCAUUCAAUUCUGCCAACCGCAGUUAUAAUAAGAAGUAUAACAACAAUGCCCAAGGUGGUCAGUCGAGGGUAAGAGGUCCGAAUGUGGAUUCAGAUUCUGCUGGGCAUGCUUUCCAUAAUAGUCCCCAAGAACAGCUGCCAAGUCAUAUUAGCAGUAUAUCGAACAAUGUCAAGCUGACAGAUGCUCCCGCUCACAAAAUCACUCAAGUCGUUCCCAGAUCUCCAUCUUCUGAUGUUUCAAAUGCAGCUCCAACACCUAAUGUUUCUGCUGCAAAUCCGGAGUCUGGGCAGCCUAAAACACCUACACAAGAAGAUGCACCAGGGUCAUUUUCCCUGCAGUUUGGUUCCAUUUCCUUAACUCCUAGUGCUAUCAAUGUAGUGCAGAUACCUGCUAGAACAAGCUCAGCACCACCAAAUUUGGAUGAGCAGAAAAAGGAUCAGGCUCGACAAAACUUAUUAAGGGCUGGUCCUGUGCCGAUUCCCAUACCCAAGCAACCAGUUGUGAAAAAGGAUGCAGGUGUUCCCAACCAAACAAAUGCUCGCGAAGCUCACUCAAUUUCCAAACCUAAGAGGGACAUUCAGGUGUCAGUUGUACCACCUGUAACUCAAAUCCAGAAGCCAGGUGUACAUUCUAUGCCUGGUAUGCCCAUGCAAAUGCCAUUUCACCAGACACAGGUUCAGUUUGGUGGUCCUAAUCCACAAAUUCAGCCUCAAGCCUUGUCAGGGACACCAUUGCCUCUGUCAAUGCAGAUGCCGCUUCCUAUAGGGAAUCCUCAAAUGCAGCAGCAAAUGUUUAUUUCAAGUCUCCAGCCACAUCCACUGCAGUCUCAAGCAAUGAUGCAAGGACAGAACUUUAACUUUCCACCACAGAUGGCUCAUCAGCUACCUCCUCAGUUGGGUAACAUGGGAAUUAAUAUGACCCCUCAGUUUCCUCAGCAUCAGGCUGGAAAAUAUGGUGCUUCUAGGAAAACUGUGAAGAUUACACACCCAGACACUCAUGAAGAGUUGAGGCUGGAUGGUUCGCCUGCUCCUAGAUCACAUCCUGUUGUGCCACCUCAGUCACAGCCUAUCCCAUCAUUUCCUCAAAAUCACCAGAUGAAUUUUUAUCCUAAUUCUUAUAACACAAACACUGUCUAUUUUCCUACUGCUAGCACUAUUCCAUUGAGCAGCACCCAGAUUCCACCCACUUCUCAACCACCAAGGUUUCACAAUCAGGUGACAGUGAAACCACCUCUUGGCAUUCAUGGGGAGAAAGAGCCAUUGAUAGCUACAAGUUCAGUUUCUGUCAGAAAGGCAGAGUCUUCAGAACCAUCAGCUUUAUCUGGAGAGGAUUCUGUUCGUCCACAAAAGGAAGUUGAAUCAUCAUCUCUGAUCUCUGUUCCACAUUCGAAGCCUGGUUUAGGAGUGUCGUCUACAUCUGCUGCAUCAUCAGAUUCUAUCAAUGUGGAAAGUGAUGCAUGCAACAAUGCAACUCCUGCUUUAGUUCAUAUGGAUGGUUCUGCAUCUAUAUUAAAAAGUUCUGCCAAUGAAUCAAUAAAUAAAGUAGCUGUUCCAGUUCCACUCAAAGAUAUACCUAAUGAACCACUCAAUCUAGGCCAGCAGGAUCAGGUUGGCAAGCAACUGUCAUCGCUAUCAAGUCCGACUUCUCAUUCCUUGGAACCUGAAGCUGUUAACACAAAAUCUACAUUGCCUAGAACUAAUUUGGCAUGCGAAACUUCCAAGGAAUCAGUAUCAACUAAUAUAGCUACAUCUGAGGCAUCUGAUUUUACAGGUGAGAAUAUCGAACCCGAUAGUGUAAAUAGUAGACAAUCAGAGCCUGAGAUAACUGUGGAAAUGGAAGGAAAAGCUACAUCUCAGAGUUUGGAAUUUGAUAAAGAUAGUUUGGACACAUCAUUGAAGUCACUUUCGUUAGAAUCACCAAAAGUAACUGGUGAAGUUGAGGAGAGCAUUGGAACAAAAAUCACAUCUCACACAAGUGGUCUAUUGGAGGGUACAGAGGAGAAGCCUGAAGAGUCUUUAGGUUGUCGUAGUGAUGAUGUAAACAUGGCUGUUAAUUAUGUUGAAUCUUCCCAUACAGAAGGUGGUCAAAAUGCUGAUAAUCCUGUGUCAGUGGAUGGUUUAUCUGCACAAGAUGAUAAGACUUCUAUAGCAGACACAGAAUGUCUUGAUGAUUCAUCAAAACCUGAUAUCGAAGAUAUUGACAAUAAUAGUGAUAGUUUAGUCUCAACUUCCUCAAGUGUCAAGGAUAAAGUCUUGUUAGAUGCAAGUGUGUCUAAAACUGCUCUACCCAGAGGGAAGAAGAAAAAGAGAGAAUUAUAUAGGAAAGCAGAAGCUGCUGGUACAAUUUCUGAUCUUUAUAUGGCAUACAAGGGUCCUGAGGACAAGAAAGAUGCUGUGACCUCUGCAGAGAGCACUGAAGAAACUUCAAGCAACAAUAAGAUAAAGCAGAUAUCCUCUGAAAUCUCUAAAGAGAAUGACCUGUCAAAUGAGAAACCUCCUCUGACUAAAGUUGAGCCAGAUGAUUGGGAAGAUGCUGCUGAAAUUUCUCCGCAGUUAGAAAGUAAGAAUGUAAAUCAAGGUUCUGAUGUAGAUGAAAAUGGAUUGAUGACUAAGCGAUAUUCUCGAGAUUUCCUCCUUAAAUUCGUAGAACAAUGCACUGAUCUUCCAGCCGGUUUUGAUAUUAGUUCAGAAGUAGCAGAUGCAUUGAUGGUUUCCAAUGUGAAUAUACGUGAGUCACAUCCUAGUCCUGGACGCAACUUUGACAGGGCGUCUGGAGGUUCAAGACUAGAUCGUCGUGCUAGUGGCCAUGGAGAUGAGGAUAAAUGGAACAAAUUUCCAGGCCCACUUAUGUCAGGGCGAGGAGAUAUGCGGGCGGAUAUUGUAUAUGCAAACAAUGCUAGUUUCCGGCCUGGUCAAGUCAGUAAUUAUGGUGUUCUAAGGAAUACACGGCCUCAAACACCCAAUCAGCAUGCUGGGGGCAUCCUCUCUGGGCCAAUGCAGUCCCUUGGCCCUCAGGGAGUAUUGCUAAGAAAUAACUCCGACGCGGAUAGAUGGCAGCGGGGAACUGGUUUUCAGAAAGGUUUGAUGCCUCCUCCUCAGACACCACCCCCAAUUAUGCACCGAGCAGAGAAGAGGUAUGAAGUAGGUAAGGUUACUGACGAGGAAGAAGCAAAACAGAGGCAGUUGAAGGGCAUAUUGAACAAACUUACACCUCAAAAUUUUGAGAAACUGUUCCAGCAAGUUCAGCAAGUCAACAUUGAUAAUGUUGUUACACUGUCUGGGGUGAUCUCUCAGAUUUUUGAUAAAGCUCUGAUGGAGCCUACCUUCUGUGAGAUGUAUGCCGACUUCUGCUUUCACCUUGCUGCGGGCUUGCCUGAAUUGAGCGUGGAUAAUGAAAAAAUCACUUUCAAGAGAUUACUCCUUAACAAAUGCCAGGAAGAAUUCGAGAGAGGAGAAAGGGAGGAACAAGAAGCAAAUGAAACUGGUGAAGGUGAAAGUAAACAGACAGAAGAAGAGAGAGAAGAGAAGAGACUGCGUGUUAGGAGACGAAUGUUGGGUAAUAUUAGAUUAAUUGGAGAAUUGUACAAGAAGAGGAUGUUGACUGAAAGAAUAAUGCACGAGUGCAUUGGUAAAUUGUUGGGUCAGCAGACUCAGCACCAGAAUCCUGAUGAAGAAAACAUAGAAGCUCUAUGCAAAUUAAUGAGCACAAUUGGUGUAAUGAUAGACCACCCCAAAGCAAAGGACCACAUGGAUGCUUAUUUUCUCAUCAUGACACAACUGUCCAAUAAUACGAAGCUGUCUUCCCGGGUAAGAUUCAUGCUAAGAGAUUCUAUUGAUCUGAGAAAGAAUAAGUGGCAGCAGCGGAGGAAAGUUGAAGGUCCGAAAAAGAUUGAGGACGUACACAGAGAUGCUGCACAAGAACGGCAAGCUCAAACUAGCAGGCUUGGCCGUGUUUCCAGCAUUGGUGGUUCAAACAGAAGGGGCCCGUCUAUGGAUUUUGCUCCUAGAACUCCUAAUAUGUUAUCUCCUCCAGGUUCACAAAUCAGCAGUUUUCGUCCUGGCGGGCCACAGCUACGUGGCCAUGGCUCUCAGGAUGCUCGGACGGAUGAGAGACAUUCCUAUGAGAACAGGACGAUGUCUAUUCCUCUGCCUCAAAGACCUCUUGGUGAUGCUUCCAUAACACUUGGGCCACAAGGUGGUCUUGUCCGGGGAAUGGCAUAUGGUGGUCAGCCAUCUGCUUCUAGCUCUCGUUUGGCUGAGAUAUCAAGUCCUGGAGAUGCACGAAGGGUGGGCCCUGGUCUAAAUGGAUUCAGUUCUAUUCCAGAACGGAUGGCUUAUGGCCAAAGAGAGGAUCCCGUGCCAAGAUAUGCGUCGGACAGGUUUAUUGUUCCUUCCAGUUAUGACCAAGAACGGAAUGUUACACAUGGGAAUAGAAACAAAGAUCGCAUUGAUGAAUCCCUGCCUACUUCUCCACCUGCUCGUGAUGCGCCCCAAACUAGCACAGAAAAUACAUGGCCCGAAGAACACUUGCGGGGAAAAUCGAUGAUCACUAUUAAAGAAUUCUACAGUGCAAGGGAUGAGAGUGAAGUUGCAAUGUGCAUCAAGGAUUUGAAUGCCCCUGGCUUCUAUCCCUCAAUGAUAUCUAUCUGGCUUGUUGAUUCAUUUGAGAGGAAAGACGUGGAGAGGGAGCUCUUGACAAAGCUUCUUAUCAACCUUACAAAAUCUCAAGAUGGCUUGCUAAGUCAGACUCAACUCGUCAGAGGGUUUGAAUCUGUCCUAGCUGUCUUGGAGGACGCCGUCAAUGAUGCCCCGAGAGCAGCUGAGUUCCUUGGUCGUUUUUUCGCAAGAGUUGUCUUAGAGAAGGUUGUCUCACUUUCUGAAAUCGGGCGGUUGGUAUACGAAGGUGGAGAAGAGCAAGGGAGCCUUGUAGAAGCAGGGAUUGCAGCUGAUGUGGUGGGAACCAUCUUGGACACAAUCAAAUCAGAGAAAGGUGAUUCUGUGCUGAAUGAGAUUCGUUCAAGCUCGAAUCUGCAGCUACAGAACUUCAGACCUCCAGGCUCUAACAGGCCGUGCAGGAUAGAUAAGUUUAUGUAGAAGACAACAAUGUUGGUCGAAUCGGGUAGAGGAAUUCAUGUCUUUCUUCUUCUUCUUAGGUAGUUAGUACAAGUUUUACAUUUUCAGAUAUACAUUAUACUAUAUCUAUAUAUAUAUAACUGCAGGCUGUUGUGGAGGAACUGUCCUCUUUUUGUUUAUUUUGACAAGAUCAGGUCAUCGAUUACAGGAUUAUCAAAGGUUCGAUUUGAGUGUGAGCA